CAUCAGUCAGUUGAUUACUAAAUCCAACAGUGAACGGACGCAUUUGGAAAAUUCUAGUUUCGUGAUUAUUUCUCAGCAAUUUUAAUUUCUAAAUGGCUAACUUACCGAAAAAAACCAACUUGGGCAAACGUCGUCGUCGUUCACACGAUGAUGUCCACGAUGAUGAUGUUCGUGCUCAGAUGGGAUCCGCAAAGCGUAAGCAUCGCGAUACCACCGAUAUGCUGCUGGAGGAUAUACACAAUCGCUUGGACAAACUGGGCAGCCAACGAGGACAAACGGUGGAGCCGAGUUUGGAUAAGCUGGCCACAUUUUUGAUUGACAAGAUGGACAAGAAUAAAAAGGAUAUAUUUGGUAUUCUUAUGAAAUCCCUACAGCAUCAUCCAAUGCAGUCUGCUGCCUAUGCCACCCUGGUGGGCCUCAUCAAUGUUGAACGGUUUGAAUUUGGUGGCGAAGCUUUGCAAUUCACCGUCCUCCAUCUGUUGGAGCAGAUGCGCACAGGCGACUGGGAGACAACGCGUAGUCUUCUAUGGCUCCUUGCCGGCAUGGUGAAUGUCAAUGUGAUCACAGCUGGCUCAUUUUUGCAAUUUCUCAACUUCCUGAUGAAACCAUGCAUUAUGGUUAAAAAGGAAGAAUCGCUGAACAUUAAACGAGAACUGCUCGAUGAGCGUGAAAUGACAGAGCUAACGUCAAAGCAACAAUCUGACACUGGCCUUCAAAGACGUCACGACUGGCUGGUCUACACAGUCCUCAGUUGUCUGCCACUGGUGGGACACGAACUCAACGAGAAGAAGGAGUCGGCCUUCAAUGCUCUCCUUGAUGCCAUUCAAUUGUAUGUGAAUAAAACGACCCAACGGCGUAAUCUUUGCGCACCUUUUCUUCGCGUUUGGAAUUCUGGAGAUCCCCUGCAAGUGGAGUGCUUGGAUGUCCUGUGGCAGCAAAUCCAUCACCUCCAUAACGAUGGAUGGAUGGAUAAGUAUCAAUUGUUACAACGUCCCUUCAUCGCAUUCGAUAGUCGCCUUAGCGAAGCUUUGAAUCACAAGUUGCCACAAUUCGAAACACCAGAUCCGAUUCCUGUAUGCGAUUCCACUACGCCAUCGCCAUUAUCAUCCUGGAUGGUAUUCCGUAUAUUUGAUUUUCAAGAGACUGGACUAAAUGAUGAAGCCCAAUAUUUGCCAGACGCUUUUAGCAUUGAACGUCAUCUGAUCGAUGGUGAACUGAAUGAAAUUUUCAAAUUACAUCAUUUGAAUGCCAAAAAAUGCGCCCAUUUAUUGAUUGAAUUUGCCCAAUCCAAGCCAGAUAUUGCCAUAAGGCAUUGCAUUGUGGAAUGCCUUUUGGGUAAAAUGUUACAAUUGCCAUUGGAUCAAAUGGAUCAGAAAGUAAUGACCAUCAAUUGUGGUGCCAUUCUGAUUGAGUUAUCCAAACUUCAGCCAAAUAUAAUGCCCGGCAUUAUUCGAGAAUCGGUGGAUAUAUUUUAUCGCAAAAUGCCAACGAUGAAUGUUAUGUGUUUUGAUCGAUUUGUCAAUUGGUUUUCGCAUUAUUUAAGCAAUUUUCGUUACGAAUGGAAUUGGCAUGAAUGGAAUAUCAAUUCGAUAUUGCCACCAAAUUGUCUAAAUGAGAACACUCAAAGGCAUCCAACUAUUAUCUUUGUACGGGAACUUAUCAAAAAGUUAUUACGUUUGUCCUAUUACGAGAGAAUUGAACAAGUAUUACCCGAACAAAUGAUUCAAUUCAUGGGAGUUGCUCCGUUACCAAAAUUUAAAUAUAUGAAUAAAAUGUUAAGUGGAUCUACAUUGGCCAACGAUUUGCUAAUUGCCUUACGUCAUAAAAGUUCACCUAGUAUAGUUGUCCACAUAUUGGAAACAAACAAAUCUGUAGGUGAUCUAUGCAAAAUUGAUGUCCUAAUGCAAUGUAUUGCCCAUUUGGGUUGCAAGUCGUUUACCCAUGUCUUUUUACUAUUUUCGAAAUAUUUAUCAGAACUUAAGUAUUUGGCAUCAUCCGAGAAUGCUCAACAUGCAAUGCUUAAUGCCAUUUAUGAAAUCUGGAUCCAUAAUGAUCAAUUGAAACUAGUUUUGACCGAGAAAUUACUUCGCUUGGGUAUAAUCGAUGCAAAAUACAUUAUCUCCUGGUUCUUUGCUCCUGCCCAGAAGAAUGAAUUGACAAAAAUCUAUGUUUGGGAGCUAAUCCAUGUUACGAUGCGCUUUAUCAAAUCACCACCCACCAACAACGCAAAGACCACUGCAACCUCUGCCAUGGCCAUCAUGGAUAUAGAUAUGGAUGUGGAUACGGAGAAAACUUUGCGUUUUCUUCUUUUGGAUGUUGUGCAAAGAUUUUUCAAAAUUCUAUCAUUGCACCAGCAAACCAGGCGCUUUGCCACUAAUGAGACUGGAGGGCGAGAGCAGCUGGUGCCGGAUUAUUGGCAUGACUGGGUAAUGGGUCGCUUUCAGGAAUUUCUUUUUAUAUAUCUUUUGGAUUUUCGUAAGCUACGCGAUAAUCUCAAGAACAUUGCCGAGAAGGCGGAGGAAUGUCAUAGUUUUGCGAAAGUAAUACACACUUUUAUAUCAUUUAAUACAUAAAACAAAACGAUAUUUACUUAUCAAGUUGACCAAUUGGAUCAAAUAAAUUCAUCUAAAAUAUA